GUAAAAUUUUCAUGGUUUCCUGUCUAUUUUGUUUUUCUUCUUAUAAGAAGAUUUAGAUACAUUGAUCAGUUUACACAAUGACAGACGAAAAUGAAGUGGAGAAACAACAUUUCCAACAUAUAAGGUUCAUGUUCGAGGCAUCUAUAAAGUUAAAUGUCUCUCCAAUUCCACUGGCGACAGCUUGCACACUAUACCACAAAUUCUUCCAUCAUUGUGACAUCACUGAUUAUGAUCCACACAUGGUCGCAACGACUUCACUAUACCUCGCAGGGAAAAUCGAAGAGGAACAUUUAAAGCUGCGAGAUGUUAUUAAUGUGUGUUACAGGACACUUAAUAAAGAUGAGCCUCCUUUAGAAAUAGGAGAAACAUACUGGACUUUACGUGAUGGUGUCGUUAAUUUUGAAUUAUUCAUGAUGAGGGUUCUCAAGUUCCAAGUGAAGUUUAUACAUCCACAUAAGUAUGUAUUGCACUAUUACAAAUCACUUAGUGAUUGGCUCCACCCACAGACUGUCAAUCAUGUGCCUAUUCUCACUACUGCCUGGGCAUUACUAAGGGACAGUUACCAUAGCGACAUAAUAUUACAUCACAAGGCCCAGCAUGUGGCGAUUGCUGUUCUGUACCUAGCAUUUCAGUGUCAUGGGGUGGAUGUACCAUAUGAUGGCGAGGCUGACACUAUAUGGCAACAGGCUCUCUGUGAUGGAAUUCGCACUAAAGAUAUUGAGUAUAUAGUUGAUAGACUGAUCCAAACAUAUGAUCUUGAAGACAACAUAUACAGCAUACCGUCUCAACCUCAAAGACAAUCAAGAAUUGAUACACCAAUGUCUGAUUCUUCCUCUCAGAUGUCAAAUCCCAUGGAACAAGUCUCAAUUAUUCCUGGAUUUUAAAACUCCAUGGAACAAGUCUCAAUGCAGUAAUACAUGUAUUUUAAUACUCCAUGGAACAAG